AUGGAGCCGGCAGCCGGCGGCCCUGGCCCGCUGAUCAUGAACAACAAACAGCCCCAGCCGCCACCACCUCCGCCACCGGCAACCGCGCAGCCUCCACCCGGAGCCCCGCGGGCCGGCGGAGGCCUCCUGCCCGGGGGCAAAGCCCGGGAGUUCAACCGCAACCAGCGCAAAGACUCGGAGGGCUACUCCGAGUCUCCAGAUCUCGAGUUUGAAUAUGCUGACACGGACAAGUGGGCUGCAGAGCUCUCAGAGCUUUACAGCUACACAGAAGGGCCGGAAUUCCUGAUGAAUCGAAAAUGCUUUGAGGAAGACUUCCGGAUCCAUGUAACAGACAAGAAAUGGACCGAGCUGGACACCGACCAGCACCGUACGCAUGCCAUGAGGCUCCUGGAUGGCUUGGAAGUCACUGCCAGGGAGAAAAGACUCAAGGUGGCUCGAGCAAUCCUCUACGUUGCCCAAGGCACCUUUGGGGAGUGUAGCUCAGAGGCAGAGGUGCAGUCCUGGAUGCGCUACAACAUCUUUCUGCUCCUGGAGGUGGGCACGUUCAAUGCUUUGGUGGAGCUUCUGAAUAUGGAGAUAGACAACAGUGCCGCCUGCAGCAGUGCGGUGAGGAAGCCGGCCAUCUCCCUGGCUGACAGCACAGACCUGAGGGUACUGCUCAACAUCAUGUACCUGAUUGUGGAGACCGUUCACCAGGAGUGUGAGGGCGAUAAGGCCGAGUGGAGGACCAUGCGACAGACCUUCAGGGCUGAGCUGGGUUCCCCCCUGUACAACAACGAACCAUUUGCCAUCAUGCUGUUUGGGAUGGUGACCAAAUUUUGCAGCGGUCAUGCCCCUCACUUCCCCAUGAAGAAAGUUCUCUUACUUCUUUGGAAGACAGUGUUGUGCACACUGGGCGGCUUCGAGGAGCUGCAGAGCAUGAAGGCCGAGAAGCGCACCGUCCUGGGCCUUCCCCCGCUGCCUGAGGACAGCAUCAAGGUGAUCCGCAACAUGAGGGCCGCCUCCCCGCCGGCGUCUGCCUCAGACCUGAUUGAGCAGCAGCAGAAGCGGGGCCGUCGGGAGCACAAGGCACUGAUAAAACAGGACAACUUGGAUGCCUUCAACGAGCGGGAUCCUUACAAGGCUGAUGACUCUCGAGAAGAGGAAGAGGAGAAUGACGAUGACAACAGCCUGGAGGGGGAGACAUUCCCCCUUGAGCGGGAUGAAGUGAUGCCUCCCCCACUGCAGCACCCUCAGACUGACAGGCUUACCUGCCCAAAGGGGCUUCCGUGGGCUCCCAAGGUCAGAGAGAAAGACAUUGAGAUGUUCCUCGAGUCCAGCCGUAGCAAGUUUAUUGGUUACACUCUAGGCAGUGACACGAACACAGUGGUGGGGCUGCCCAGGCCAAUCCACGAAAGCAUCAAGACUCUGAAACAGCACAAGUACACGUCGAUUGCAGAGGUACAGGCGCAGAUGGAGGAGGAGUACCUUCGCUCUCCUCUCUCGGGGGGAGAAGAGGAAGUGGAGCAGGUACCCGCGGAAACCCUUUACCAAGGCUUGCUUCCCAGCCUGCCCCAGUACAUGAUCGCGCUGCUGAAGAUCCUGCUGGCUGCCGCCCCCACCUCGAAAGCCAAAACAGACUCAAUCAACAUCUUAGCAGACGUCCUGCCUGAGGAGAUGCCCACCACCGUGUUGCAGAGCAUGAAGCUGGGGGUGGAUGUGAACCGCCACAAAGAGGUCAUUGUUAAGGCCAUUUCUGCUGUCCUGCUGUUGCUGCUCAAGCAUUUUAAGUUGAACCACAUCUACCAGUUUGAAUACAUGGCCCAGCACCUGGUGUUUGCCAAUUGCAUCCCUUUGAUCCUAAAGUUCUUCAAUCAAAACAUCAUGUCCUACAUCACCGCCAAGAACAGCAUCUCUGUCCUGGAUUACCCUCACUGCGUGGUACAUGAGCUGCCGGAACUGACUGCUGAGAGUCUGGAAGCAGGUGACAAUAACCAGUUUUGCUGGAGGAACCUCUUUUCUUGCAUCAAUCUGCUUCGGAUCUUGAACAAGCUGACAAAAUGGAAGCAUUCGAGGACCAUGAUGCUAGUGGUGUUCAAGUCGGCACCCAUCUUGAAGCGGGCCUUGAAGGUGAAACAGGCCAUGAUGCAGCUCUACGUGCUGAAGCUGCUCAAGGUGCAAACCAAGUAUUUGGGACGGCAGUGGCGGAAGAGCAACAUGAAGACCAUGUCCGCCAUCUACCAGAAGGUGCGGCAUCGGCUGAAUGACGACUGGGCGUACGGCAAUGAUCUUGAUGCACGGCCCUGGGACUUCCAGGCAGAGGAAUGCGCCCUCCGUGCCAAUAUCGAACGCUUCAACGCCCGGCGGUAUGACCGAGCCCAUAGCAACCCGGACUUCCUACCUGUGGACAACUGCCUGCAGAGUGUCCUGGGCCAGCGGGUGGACCUCCCUGAGGACUUCCAGAUGAACUACGACCUCUGGUUAGAAAGGGAGGUCUUCUCCAAGCCCAUUUCCUGGGAGGAGCUGCUGCAGUGAGGCUCCUGGGCAGGGGACUGACUUCAAAGGAAAGAAGGGGUGAUCUGGAGGGGCCCCAGGGGCUGUCCCAGU